CUCCUAAAAAUUGACCUCGGAUCAAAUCCAACGGUCCGUAUUCUCCGCGAUCCCAAAUCUACCUCUUAAUUCUUCCUUUUUUUCCCAUUUUCAGUUCAACUUUACCUUUCUCUCCCCACAAAUUCGCAGCGAAUCUAGAGUCCGACGGGGAGAAAAAAAAAAAAAAAACACCGGCGUCCCAUUUCAAUUCCUCCAUUUUCACACACUAAAACGCAAUUCAUCUCUCUGCCUGAAUAUUCUUCUCGUCCGAUUCCGGAUCUGUAGUCGUAUUUCCAUUUCUGGUUUCCGUCACUGAUUUUCCGUUCGCCGGCGCCCGGAUCUGAGUCGUUGAUCACUUCUCCAAGGGUGGGCGAAUUGAAGCCAUGGCUCUUCGAAAGGCGAUCGGAGCUGUAAAAGAUCAAACAAGCAUAGGAAUAGCCAAAGUUGCUAGCAACAUGGCACCUGAGCUGGAAGUAGCCAUAGUCAAAGCCACCAGCCAUGAUGACGACCCCGCCUCCGAGAAAUAUAUACGCGAAAUUCUCCAACUCACCACUUUUUCUCACGGCUACAUCACUGCUUGUGUCAUUGCCGUUUCGAAGAGAUUGGGCAAAACCCGCGAUUGGAUUGUCGCCCUCAAGUGCCUCAUGCUCAUCCACCGUUUGCUCAACGAGGGUGACGCAAUUUUCCAGCAGGAAAUCAUGUACGCUACUAGGAGGGGUACCAGGUUGUUGAACAUGUCCGAUUUUCGCGACGAGGCUCAUUCGAAUUCGUGGGAUCAGUCAGCGUUCGUCCGGACGUACGCUCUGUACUUGGAUCAGAGGCUCGAGUUGAUGAUCUACGAGCGGAAGCUGAGCUCAAACGGAGCUGAAGUCGAGAGAUUCGGUGGCAGAGAUGACAGGCAAAACUACCGUUCGCCUCAGGAAUCGAACCGUGGUUAUGACUACAACGACUCUCAGAAUAACGGGAUGCGUAGAGCAAGAUCCUCCGGCGAUGUUCGAGAGUCAACAAAUGAGAGAAAAGACGUCACUCCAUUGCGUGAAAUGAAGCCAGAUAGGAUUUUUGGGAAGAUGGGCCAUUUGCAGAGGCUGUUGGAUCGGUUUCUUUCCUGUCGGCCGACGGGCUUAGCGAAAAAUGAGAGGAUGGUUUUGGUGGCUCUGUAUUCUAUUGUGAAGGAGAGUUUCAAGCUGUAUGCGGAUGUUUGCGAGGUUUUGGCGGUGCUUCUUGAUAAGUUCUUCGAUAUGGAGUACCAAGAUUGCGUGAAGGCGUUCGAUGCUUACGCUAGUGCUGCAAAGCAGAUCGACGAGCUUAUCGGAUUGUACAAUUGGUGCAAAGAUACCGGUGUGGCUAGAUCUUCUGAAUAUCCGGAAGUGCAGAAGAUUACUAGUAAGUUGCUCGAGACUUUGGAGGAGUUUGUGAGGGAUAGGUCGAAAGCAAUAAAGAGUCCCGAAAGGAAAUUAGAAAUCCUGCCACCGCCACCUCAAGAGGAGGAGCCGGUGCAGAAUAUGAACGAGAUUAAAGCACUGCCGGCGCCGGAGAACUAUACUCCUCCACCUCCACCGCCGCCCGAGCCGGAGGCUCCUAAGCCUGUACCUCAGGAGCCUACAUAUUUAGUAGAUUUGAGGGAGAACGCAGUUACCGCUGAUGACCAAGGUAAUAAAUUUGCACUGGCAUUAUUUGCCGGACCAGCGGCACAAACUGGGAAUGGCUCGUGGGAGGCUUUUCCGACAAACGGAGAACCGGAAGUGAGUUCUGCGUGGCAGAAUCCGGCAGCUGAGCCUGGAAAGGCUGACUGGGAGUUGGCCCUAGUCGAGACCGCUAGCCAUUUGUCUCAGCAAAAGGCGGCAAUGGGCGGUGGAUUGGACCCGUUAUUGUUGAACGGAAUGUACGACCAGGGAAUGGUUAGGCAGCACGUGAGCAAUUCCCAGUUGACCGGCGGCAGCGCCAGCAGUGUGGCCUUGGUGGGGCCCGGAGGAGGGAAAACUCCGGUGCUGGCACUCCCCGGACCGGAAGGUACGGUGGUGACAGCUGGACAAGACCCAUUCGCUGCUUCACUGUGCGUUCCACCACCUGCUUACGUGCAGAUGGCCGAUAUGGAGAAGAAGCAGAAUUUGCUGGUGCAGGAGCAAAUGGUGUGGCAGCAGUAUUCGAGAGAGGGAAUGCAAGGGCAAGCUAGUUUGGCGAAGAUGGGUCCGGGAGGGUAUUAUCCUCCGGGUGUGCAGCCCAUGAUGCCUUAUGGAAUGCCGCCUGUAAAUGGAGCGGGAAUGCCGCCAGCAGGGUAUCCAUAUGCUCCUUACUGAUUCUUUCGGUAAUUUUUUUUUUCUGUAUACAUUAGAUUACUUGUGUUUUUUGAUUGUCUUAUAUUACGUACACAAUGUAUUUUAUGUGGUUUUGAUUUGCAAUUUUGCAUGACUUGGGAUGGUUAUUAUGUAAUCCAAUUAUUAUGUGUCUUGUGAUUUGGUUUGGUGAUGUUAAUUUUACAUUAUAUAAAUAUGAAUGAACUCUUUCAAUA